AUGGAAGCAAUUGAUCAGACGGGAGACACCCCAUCAGCCGAACUACAGAUCGUACCUUACGACCUUGUCUGGAAGUGCGAACGUUGUUCGGAAAUAUUUAAAGAUUACAAGGCCUUCGUUGAACACGGUGAACAAUACGCGCACUUUAGUGGUGAAGCGAUGCAGGACGAAAUUGGGAACAGUCUUACUGCGGAGAAGAUGGCAAUGGCGUUCGUAGUUGAAAUCUACGCGUGCGAGUUUUGCGACAGCCGUUUUGUGGACAAAAUGGCACUAUUUAGCCACGAAGCGCGGCAUACAUCUAGCUACGAUUGUAAACUUUGCGGUGAAAGCUUUUGCAUGCUGCACGCAGUGCUGGAGCAUCGGGCGCAAUGUGUUCCGUACAAGAAUUUUUGGGCAACGUCCCAGUACAACGUAACGGCGAUGUACAGUUGUAAUGUUUGUAUGGCGCUGUUUGACACCCUGCCCGAGCUGUACGACCAUCGCUACAGCGAUCGUCACUAUUUGCCACGUCGGCUACCGGAAGUACAACCUUCAGGUUCAGUAGACGACUUGUGGUAUAUAUGCGAAACUUGUGGAUACUUUUGCAAACGUUCCACCACCUUGACGCAGCAUCACACCAAAACGCAUGCCAUUGCAGUUCCCGACGGUGCUGGUACAGUGCGGAUGGCGCCUACCAAUUGCCAAUUUUUAUGCGACAGGUGUGGUAAAGUGUUUAAGAAGCUGGGCCACCUAACUACGCACAUGCAGUUUCAUCUUUCGAUUAAACCUUUCGCCUGCCUGUAUGAGGGUUGCACCUUCCGGGCUGCCGUACCGUCUGGCCUCAGGGAUCACAUCCGGCAUCGUCACACUGGCGAACCGCCGUACGAAUGCGAGGAGUGCCACAAACGGUUCCGCUCCUCGGCCGGAUUGUGUGCGCAUCGGUCGUUACACCGACAGGAUCGGCCGUACACUUGUACUGUCUGCGGUAGCCACUUCCAGCGGAACGAUGCAUUGAGAAGCCACAUCAUGAUGCAUACUGGCGAGCAACCUUUCGUGUGUGUGCAUUGCGGACGCAAGUAUCGCCUGCGUCCAAGCUGGGCAAAGCAUAUGAGGUUGAAGCACAAAAAUCAACGCUAA